UGCUUUAACCAUGACUUCGGUCUACUUCGGAGCUGCCGGUGGAUCAGGCGGCGGCGCACAAUCUCAAUACUUUGGAGUCGCAGGAAAAACCUCAGGACCUGCAGGAGGAGCUAAAGGACCACUUCCCGCCGGUGCUCCAGCCGGCGGUGCGCAGUCCGCCUAUUUCGGCGUUGGAGGUGGUGGAGGUGGUGGCGCUCAGUCUGCAUACUUUGGCGUAGGCGGAAGCACAGGAGGUGCUUCAGCAGCUGCACCUGCACCCGCUGGAGCAGCACCGGGCGCCUCGACAAUGACUGCAGUUGGUGCACCCGCAGGAAAAUCCACGAUGACAGCAGUAGGAGCCCCGGCAGGAGCUUCAACAAUGACCGCUGUAGGAGCGCCAGCAGGGAAAUCUACUAUGACAGCAAUAGGAGCGCCGGCUGGAGCAUCAACAAUGACUGCUGUUGGAGCACCAGCAGGUUCAUCAACUAUGACGGCGGUAGGAGGAGCGCCAAUGGCUUCCACAAUGACCGCAGUAGGAGCACCAGCAGGAGGUAAAUCGACUAUGACGGCUAUUGGAGCACCAGCAGGUUCAUCGACUAUGACAGCAGUAGGAGGAGCGCCAAUGGCAUCCACGAUGACUGCUGUUGGAGCCCCAGCAGGAGGAAAAUCAACCAUGACUGCCAUUGGAGCACCAGCGGGAGGAUCUUCCACGAUGACGGCGGUGGGAGGAGCACCGAUGGCUUCUACAAUGACGGCAGUGGGAGCACCAGCAGGAGGAAAGUCAACGAUGACAGCAAUAGGAGCGCCAGCGGGAGGGUCUUCCACAAUGACGGCGGUGGGAGGAGCGCCAAUGGCUUCCACGAUGACGGCAGUAGGGGCACCAGCAGGAGGAAAAUCAACGAUGACAGCAAUAGGAGCACCAGCAGGAGGAUCUUCCACAAUGACGGCAGUGGGAGGAGCACCGAUGGCUUCUACAAUGACGGCAGUAGGGGCACCAGCAGGAGGAAAAUCAACAAUGACAGCGAUAGGAGCACCAGCAGGAGCAUCCACAAUGACAGCGGUAGGUGGGGCGCCAAUGGCUUCCACAAUGACGGCAGUAGGAGCACCAGCAGGAGGAAAAUCAACGAUGACAGCGAUAGGAGCACCAGCGGGAGGAUCUUCCACAAUGACGGCGGUGGGAGGAGCACCGAUGGCUUCCACAAUGACGGCAGUGGGAGCACCGGCAGGAGGAAAGUCAACGAUGACAGCUAUAGGAGCACCAGCGGGAGGAUCUUCCACAAUGACGGCGGUGGGAGGAGCACCGAUGGCUUCCACAAUGACAGCAGUAGGAGCACCGGCAGGAGGAAAAUCUACGAUGACAGCGAUAGGAGCGCCAGCGGGAGCGUCAACAAUGACAGCCGUUGGAGCACCGGCUGGAGCGUCAACCAUGACGGCUGUUGGAGCACCGGCUGGAGCAUCAACAAUGACGGCUGUUGGAGCACCUGCAGGUAAAUCGACGAUGACAGCCAUAGGAGGGGCGCCAGCAGGAUCAUCUACCAUGACAGCCGUAGGAGGAGCAGCAGGAGCGCCUGCAUCAGGAGCACCAGCAGCACCUGCACCAGCUGGAGGUGGAGGCGGAGGCGGAGGCGGAGUAGCGGGACAAUCAGCAUACUUUGGAGUAGGAGCUGCCGGAAUGCAAGUCGGAGCCCAAUCAGCAUACUUUGGCGUGGGAGGUGGUGGCGGUGGCGGUGCAAGUGUGCCGAAAGCGGCUGCGCCAGCCGGAGGACCAGGAGCACAAUCAUCGUAUUUCGGUGUUGGUGGAGGAGGAGGAGGAGGCGGCGGAGGAGCACAGUCCGCUUACUUUGCAGCUAAGUAAUAUCGUUACCCGAAUAAACCACUAUGAAAUAUGUUA